AUGCCUCAGUUCAAUAUUAAAAUGAAUAUUGAAAAUUUACUGCAAGCGCCGAGGUUCACAACGAUGUCGAGUAGUAGCAUAAUUAGAUUAGGAAUCACGAAAAUCGAGAUGUGUCAAGCGUUUGGUAAUCCGUCUCCGCAGUUUAGGUGGCUGAAAGACGGCCUUCCAAUCACGACACUGUCAACAGAUCGUUCCUACAAAAUCAUAUCCGCUAAACAUGAACACGGGGGGCGCUACAGGUGUAUAGCAACCAACAAGAUCGGUUCCAUACUCAGCGAAGAGUUUAGUAUAACGAUAGCGUACAUGAGCGUUUUCAAAGACAAAACCGAGAAAACAGUAUCAGUCAAGGAAGGAGAAGCUGCCGUCAUAGACCUUCCGGAAAUAGAGUCGAUUCCUCCACCGGAUGUUACGUGGCUGACCGAUGAGGGGAUUUUAGAAUACAUCCAAAAAUACAUCACUUCGAAAGACAAUAGGCUUGUUAUUUUGUCUGUUGAAAAAUCCGACCAAAAGUCCUACAGAGCUCGCGCUAUAAACUCCCAAGAAGGCAAGGAAGAUCUCAGCGGGUUAGUAAAACUGAUAGUAGAAGACGCCGAAGAAAAUAAAGAAAUAUCCCCCACUAUCAUAAUCCCACCAGAAGACGUACAAGUGGUAAAAGGAAGAGAAACCAUCAUCGAGUGCAUAGCGAACGCGCAACCGCUGCACGAGCUGGAAACGUUGUGGUUCAAGGACGGCAUCCCCAUAGAAAGUUCCGACGUCAGCUACUCUUUCAAGGACAUGUGGAACCGCACAUUGAUCCUAACCUCUAUUAACACCACCCACAGCGGGCAAUACGAAUGCCAUGUGAAUUUGAAAUCAGGGGGUUUCCCCACUGUCACAGCUUCGGCGCAGGUUAAGGUGUUGGAGAAGCCCAGGGUGUUUAGUAACGCGAAGCCGGAAACCUUAGGGGAUUAUGGGUGCCCCAUGAGUUUGCCGUGCGAUGUACUGGGAGUCCCCAAACCGAACAUCACGUGGUACAGGAACGCAGAGGAACUGGAUCUUAACGAUAAAAGGUAUGUAGUGCAAGAAGACAACUCCCUUUUGAUUCGAAAACUUCUAAUAACCGACAAUGGAAUGUAUCAAUGUUUUGCGAAAAAUGAAGCCGGAGAAAGUUCACUAUCAACAUGGCUGCGAGUGAAAACCGCGCAGCCCGUUAUGGAAUUCGGUCCGAAAAACAUGACCGUUCUCGAUGGAAAAGACGCCACGUUGAGCUGCAGGGCAGCGGGAGCACCGAUCCCGAACGUUACCUGGAUAUACAACGGUGAAACGGAAAUAGAGACGUCGAGCAGAGUGCAGAUCCUGGACACUGGGGAUCUACUCAUCGCCGCCGUGAAAGAGUCGGACGCUGGGCAAUACACUUGCGUUCGGUCCAACGAAGCUGGGGAAGUUAGGGGAUCUGCACAUCUACAAGUGCUCGUUCGAACCCAAAUCAUACAACCACCUGUUGAUACAAGAGUGCUCCUGGGCCAGACAGCAACGCUUCAAUGUAAAAUCUCCUCGGAUCCCCUUGUCCCUUACCAACUAGACUGGUUUCGUGAUAAACAGAUGAUCAAUCCAAGAGCCACCCAACGAAUACGAAUCUUAGACGAUGGCACUCUAGAAAUAGAAGCCGUUCGGGCUUCUGACGUUGGCCACUACACCUGUGCUGUUCGCUCUCCUGGAGGCAACGAUACUAGAUCAGCGAAGUUGUCUGUCAUCGAGCUGCCUUUUUCUCCAACAAACGUUAAAGCUGAGAAAUUGGACACCGGGACGCAGAGAGCUGUUAACGUCAGUUGGACGCCCGGAUUCGACGGCAACAGUCCCAUAAAAAAGUAUAUAAUUCAAAAGAGGGAAGUUCCCGAACUAGGUCCGAUACCAGAUCCGCUUCUGAACUGGGUGACGGAACUCAGUAAUGUAUCUGCCGACCAACGUUGGAUAUUGUUGACGAACCUUAAGGCAGCCGCCUGCUACCAAUUCAGGGUUAGCGCCGUGAACAGCGUGGGCGAAGGUCCGCCUUCCGAUCCUAGUAACCAAGUUAUGUUGCCUCAGGAAGCACCUUCCGGGCCUCCCGUUGGCUUUGUUGGGUCCGCCAGGAGCUCUUCGGAAAUAAUAACACAGUGGCAACCCCCACUGGAAGAACAUCGCAACGGUCAAAUUCUUGGUUAUAUAAUCCGUUACAGAUUAUAUGGUUACAACGAAAGUCCCUGGAAUAUAAGGAAUAUUACCAAUGAGGCUCAGAGAAAUUACCUUAUUCAAGACCUGAUCACCUGGAAAGAUUACAUCGUGCAAAUUGCCGCGUACAACAACAAAGGCAUCGGCGUUUUCACAGAAGGAGCCAAAAUCAAAACAAAAGAAGGUGUUCCAGAAGCCCCGCCCAUAAUCCAACGAGUGGAAGCGUUGAACUCGACUUCCAUACAAAUUUGGUGGAUCCCACCAGACCCGCAGAAGAUCAACGGGAUAAAUCAAGGUUACAAAAUCCAGGCAUGGCAGUGGCAUCCUACCAGAGGUAACAUCGAGGCUAGUAUGAUGACUGUGCAUCCUAAUUUAUUAGAUCCCUAUGCGGAACAGACUGCUGUCAUGACUCAUCUUAAAAAGUUUUCCGAGUACAAUAUUACAGUGCUCUGUUUCACCGAUCCUGGAGAUGGAGAGAUCAGUGAAUUCACCUAUGUCAAAACCAUGGAAGAUGUACCUGACGAAGUUGCAAAUCUGCAAUUUGACGAAAUCAGCGACAGGGCUGUGAAAGUGAUAUGGCAACCACCAAAGAAAAUAAACGGUAUCUUAACUGGGUACCAGCUGAUAUACCAAAUUAAAGACGAUCCCGACACUAUGCGCAUAAAGAAUUUCACCGCUGACGAUUUAAGCACUAAAGUGAACGAUCUGCAGGCUACCACUCAUUACCGUUUUGAGGUAACUGCAUGGACGGCGGUUGGGCCGGGUCCACCUAAAAUCGCUAUCAUCCAGUCGGGCGUCGAGCCUGUCCUACCUCACCCGCCGUCUAAACUUGCACUAUCAAACAUAGAAGCUUUUUCGGUAGUCUUGCAGUUCACUCCCGGAUUCGACGGUAACUCUUCCAUAACAAAGUGGACAGUAGAGGCUCAAACUGCGAGGAAUGCCACGUGGUUCGUUGUUUAUGAAAUUAGUGACCCCGACGCCACUACUAUCACAGUGACGGGACUUGUUCCUUUCACUAUGUAUAGGUUGAGAUUAAUCGCUAAUAAUGUGGUUGGCGCUUCCGUUCCAUCUGAAGCCACGAAGGAGUUUCAAACGAUACAAGCACCUCCUGCGCACCCUCCUAAGAACGUUACUGUAAGAGCUAUGAGCGCUACUGAACUACGUGUGAGAUGGAUACCUCUUCAACAAAUAGAAUGGUUUGGUAACCCUAGAGGAUACAAUAUAACAUUCACAGAAUUGAGGAGCGGCUUUGCCCACAGCGCCACUAUUGAAGACCACACAGCGAAUUCCCAUGUAAUAAUUGGCUUAGAAGAAUUCGCUUUAUACGAAGUAAAAAUGCAAGCCUGCAACGAUGUCGGGUGUUCCUCUUACGGACCCAAAGCCCUCGAACGGACCAGGGAAUUCGUUCCUUCGAAAGGUCCCAUAGAUAUUAUCGCAAAUGCUACAUCGUCAACGACGAUAGUCGUUAAGUGGGGUGAUGUGCCGAAAGAACAUCAAAAUGGCCUUAUAGAGGGUUACAAGGUGUUUUACGCGGCUGAAAUCAAAUCUCCUGCCCAGUACAAGCUAAUUCCGAAUAAUUCUACAUUCACCACAACCCUGACGGAGCUGAGGAAGUUCGUUAUUUAUCACAUACAGGUGUUGGCGUAUACGAGGCUUGGGGACGGUGAACCUAGUCAACCGGCUGUCAGCGUGAGAACUUUCGAUGAUGUACCAGGAGCCCCUUCGAACGUAUCUUUUCCGGAUGUUUCGUUUACAUCGGCGAGAAUUAUUUGGGAUGUGCCCGAAGAACCCAAUGGUGAAAUUCUUGCGUACAGAGUGACGUAUCACAUUAACAACAUCAAUACCAAUAGUAAAUAUUCAAAAGAGUUCCUCCCUUCUGCAAGGACUUUCAGAUUCACUCAGUUGGAACCUGAAAAAUACUACAUGUUUUCGGUGACGGCUCAAACAAGGUUAGGUUGGGGCAAAACAGCUCAUGCCUUGGUUUAUACCACAAACAACCGUGAACCUCCCCAACCACCUUCCUUGCCCCAAAUAAGCCGCAGUCAAGUCCAAAGUAAACAUAUUACGUUCAGCUGGACGCCUGGCAGGGACGGAUUUGCUCCUCUAAGAUAUUAUACUGUUCAAAAAAUGGAAAACGGAGGCCCUUGGCAUUCUCUGCCUGAAAGAGUUGAUCCGCAACUAACUUCUUACACUGUCUCAGAUUUAAAGCCUUUCACGUUGUACAGGUUUCGUAUUCAAGCCAUGAAUGAUAUCGGCCCUAGUAGGUUUAGCCCUGAAUCUAUCGAAGUAAGGACAUAUCCUGCCUCUCCCAGUAAAGGUAUAAGUAGUCUUAAAGCUGUUCCGAUUACUACAACAAGUGUGGAGGUAUUUUGGGAACCUGUAGAGGAACAGUAUUGGAGUGGGGAUACUAAGACGGGAGGAUAUAGGGUUGUGUUCCAACCUGUGUCGGAUUUUCCGACGGCACUUCAAGCAACUCCCAAAGAAGAAAUAAUGGGGAUUAAUGCCUCUAAAAUGGUUUUAAGUGAACUCUUGCAAGAUAGAAAUUAUGAAAUCAUAGUAGUACCAUUUAACGCUCAAGGAGAAGGUCCCGCAAGUCCUCCGAUUACAGUGUAUGUUGGUGAAGCUGUACCAACUGGAGAACCCAGAGCUUUACAAGGAGAACCGGUGUCUUCAACGGAGGUUAGACUGAGAUGGAAACCGCCGCAGCAACAUAUGCAGAAUGGGGAGCUGGGAGGAUAUAAGAUAUUCUACUUGGUUCUUAACUCACCGCAAGACUUGGAGGAAGGAAAGAAAUGGGAGGAGGAAAUAGAAGUAGUCCCCGCAUCCACCACCUCGCAUAGCUUGGUGUUUUUGGACAAAUACACUGAAUAUAAAAUUCAAAUCCUGGCAUUCAAUCCGGCGGGAGACGGACCAAGGUCGCAACCGAUCACAGUAAAAACUCUCCAGGGUCUGCCUGGUGCACCUGUCAAUUUAAGAUUUACGGAAAUAACCAUGAAUAGCUUAAUGGUGUCUUGGGACCCUCCAAAGAAACGAAACGGAGACAUCAUUAGUUAUAUCGUAACAUAUGAAACUACCGAAGAAAACGAACGUUUUAGCAAGCAAGUGAAGCAGAAAGUCACCUCGACGUCGCUUCAAGUGCAGAGUUUGGAAGAAGAAGUCACUUACACCUUUACGGUUAAAGCGCAAACUAUCGACUACGGCCCGCCAAUUUCAAGCAAUGUUACCACGGGGCCGCAGGAAGGCUCGCCAGGCGCUCCUAAAGAGCUGACAGUAGCAAAGACUUUAUCUAGCGUGGACUUACGCUGGUUGAAUGGACCAACUGGAAAAGGGCCCAUUCUUGGAUAUUACAUAGAAUCUCGCAGAAAAGACGACACCAGAUGGCAGACUGUCACGAAAACAACCAACGGGAUGCUACAAGAAUUCACAGUCUCUUAUCAGAGUUUGUUGCCUUCGACUUCAUACAAGUUCCGAGUCAUUCCUUAUAAUAAGUUUGGAAUUAGUUAUCCGGCUUACUCGGACGAAUCUGUGCUUACUCCUUCAAAACUUUACCUGGAGUACGGAUAUCUCCAACAUGUACCGUUUUAUAGGCAGACUUGGUUUAUGGUUGCUUUAGCGGCUACUUCUAUAAUCAUCAUAAUUAUGAUUAUUGCCAUACUUUGCGUCAAGAGCAAAAGUUACAAGUACAAACAGGAGGCACAAAAGACCUUGGAAGAAUCAAUGGCCAUGUCGAUGGCGGACCACCAGGACUUGUCGAUGGAUUAUUACCGACCUAGGACUGGCAACGGCAACAUUGCGUCGAUGGGGACGAUAGGGAAAAGGAGUACCCUGUCGCGAAAAGCACCCCAACAGCCUCCGCCCAUGCUGGGGAAAUCUCCCCCCAGACCGUCCCCAGCAUCGGUACCAUACAACUCUGAUGAGGAGAGUUUGAAGGGGUACGACGAAAACCCUGAUGACAGCAGUGUCACUGAGAAACCGUCAGAGAUGAGUUCGUCAGAUUCACAGGGCUCGGAGAGCGAGAACGAGAGCGUCCGCUCCGAUCCUCACUCUUUCGUGAAUCACUACGCAAACGUCAACGACACCUUGCGGCAGUCGUGGAAGAGGCAGAAACCUGUGAGGAACUACUCUAGUUACACGGACUCGGAACCCGAGGGUAGUGCGGUGGUGAGUUUAAACGGGGGACAGAUUAUUAUGAACAAUAUGGCCAGGUCGCGAGCGCCCUUACCUGGCUUCUCGUCUUUUGUAUAGGAAAUUGUGUCAUAAUUUAGCACGAAAAUUUGAUAAUAUGUCUCUUAAGUGUCUGUGAAUGCAAUUUAGUUUUUAAUGUUUUAUUUUUGACGCACACGGUAGUGCGCAGACUCGGUGGUCAAGCAGAAUGUGAGAAGUUAUGUACAGAGUGUACGUAUUUAUUUGUUAGGUUGUCUUUUGCAAAUAUUCGACUUUGCAUUGAAUUGAUAAAAUCCCUGAAAAUUAAUUAAUACAUAUUACUGUAUUUUCUUAUCGAUGUACAUGAGGGAUAUUUUUGUUAAUACGAUUUUUUUGUUUGACUGCGACUAUUAUUAGGGAGUUAUAUAAUUUUUGGACCAAAUAUAGGCAGCACUUGAUCUCACUGUAUUUUUGAGAUUCUAUUUGUAUAUUUGACAGAAAAUAUUAUCAAAUUUUCCUAAUUUAUUUGUAAUUCUACAAGACUUGAAUAAUAUCUUAAACUUAGCGAUAAAACUUGUAAAUAUUACUUUUCUUAUUAGGGUAAAUUGUUAAUGUUUUUACGACUUUCAGAUUAGGAAAAUAUAUUUGUAUAUAUAUAUUAUUAAUUAUGCCAUUGUUCACAUUAGUUCAUCUACUCUGUUCUCACAUUUUAACAAAGUCACUUUUAGGUAUAAUUCUAAUCAAAUUCAGUGCUCAAUCAUCAUGUCUUUUGUAACUGAAUUAGUUAAGCGUUACUUGCAAUUCAUUGCGGGUGCAGUGCGAUUUGUUUUAAAACAUUCAAAAUGUGAAUUGGCUUUGGGGGUUAAUUUUUUCCUAUCGUAUUUGGAUCUUUAGCAAUAUCAUUUUGGAAAAAAUAGUGCCAAAAUAACUCUUUCUUUGGACGUAUAGAUUUUCUUCCAAACAUGCAGUCAAUUAUAAUGGAAAAGCUAAAAUAUGAUGUUUAAAAGUUAACCCAGUCAAUUUGUGAUCCUCUGUAAAUAUGGAUUUCCCAAUAGCUUUCGAUGUAAUUAAAGAUCGAUGUGUUUGUAUCCGCUGCGAAUACGGGGUAAAAAUUUUUUCACUGACAUUUCGUAAGUUUUAAAACAGUAUUAAAUCUCGUAGUAUAAUCACCUAAUAACUCGUCAUACCUUAGUCGAUGGCUUUCCCCAUCGCUAAAUGGCAAUUACAGUUAGAAUAUAACUUGCAUCACGAUACCUACUUGUACGAUUUAGAAUUUCUGAUACUGACACGAAACUGAACUGUCAUUUAAACUUGACUCACUACCACAAUCACCUGUAGGUCGUUAGAACAACUAAAUAAAAAUAUUUUGACACAUUGGGACAUCUCUAUUAUACGAAAUAAUUUUUGUCAUAAUUUAAACUUUGUGAGCGUAUUCAACAGGUGCAAUAACUGCAAAUAUAAAACGGAACAUUUUCAAAAAUUGCACAUUGUUAAACACGCCCCAAAUCUGAAAUAAAUUAAAUAUUACUCUUAAGUUUUAUUUGUCGACAUGAAAACAGGAAUCAUUGCACAAUACGAUCACUGAUUAAUUGUUUAAUUGUCACUUUAUACCAUUUUGUAUUUAAUUCAAGACUUGUGUAAUUAUGUUAAGAUCAAACUGCAAUGUACUGAUAGUGUUUACAGUCUACACUGCCUUUGUUUAAUGUAAUUUAUUAUAACAUGAACUGUUUGUAAAAUAAAUCUGUGAUUCUAUUAAUAA